AUGAUCCAUGUUUCAAGAACGCCGGAGUUCUCCAAUUGUGGAAAUAUGAAUUCAAUCUCAGUCCUCACAUCCUCUGAACUAGACCUGGACUCUAUGGUAGGAGGCACAAGCAGGCAAAGAUCUCACUCCUAUUACAGCCCAGAGGACAAUAAGAACUAUGGUGUGCAGACACACAUAGACAAAACCUGUCUAAGACCUCGCUCCAGGUCCUUUUACAGUUAUGAGACAUCAGAGCUUUACUCCGACCAUGACGCGGGAAACUUUAACAGGUCCAGUCCACUGAGGCAGAGAGCACGCUCUCUACACCAGCAACAAGUGACCAAAAAGGAGAAUAGAGAGGGGGAUGGGGCUGGUGUUCGAGUCACCUCUAAGAAGUCCAAGUCUAAGCAUUCUACCUCUAGAGAACUUAAUGGCAGUAAAGGCAGUCUCAAGUCAGUGUCCAUGAUGACCAUCUCUGAGUCCGACAACUGGGAGAUUUGCUGCAGCUCGGGGAUGAAGUAUGGACAGUUUGUGGACUGGGAGAAGAUUGAUCCCGAAGCAGCAAAAAGAUAUCAGCAGAUCCUGCAGAGUGAGCACCAGCAGCUGAAAACCAUGGGCCGCGAAGGAUUCUGGGCCAUGCCGCACACACUGAGGGCCAAAGCUUACUAUCACAUCAUCCACAGCCUCAAUUCCAGGUCUGUCACUUCAGACAGAGAUGUCUUCUAUGAACUGGCCAAGAAGCUCUUUGGAGAACAGAAAAUCAGCACCCACCCAGUCCCAGAGUACAUGGAGGCAGGAGAAAUACCCAGAUACUGUCUCAACGAAGCAGGCCUCAACUCUGUUAAAAAGAUCCUUCUUUGCCUGAGCAAUUACUUCCCAGACAUGAACUUUUGCCCCAUCCUGCCUGCCUUGGUCUCCCUCAUCCUCCACUUCAGCCAGGAUGAAGCUGAGUGUUUCCACAGUGUGUCCCGGCUUAUCUGCUACAAUGACCCCAACAAGCGUUACAUCGACCAGACCUUCCUCACCUACCGCGCUUCCUGUAUGACCUUUGGAGACCUUGCUAACAGGUGUUGCAGAGGCAUCCGUAAGCUUAUUGCCAGCUCUCACCAAAACCUCUUUGAGUUCUACUCUGACUGGAUCAUGUGGAUCUUUGCCGACCUUCCGUUCACAUAUGCCAUCAAAGUGCUGGAUGUCUACCUAUUGGAGGGCUACAAGGUCCUCUACAGGGUGGCUUUGACUUUGCUCAGCCUCUACAAAGCAUCUGUGUCGUCUCGUGUGGCAGACGUGGAGGACUUCAGAACAGAUAUGAAAAGGUUUGUGCAGAAUGUACCUCGCCACUGCACAGCUGAGAAGCUUCUGGAGGGGGCCUUCAUGAUUCCAAUGGCCACACGCAGGGAGCUCAACCUCCUGUUCAAUGCCAAUAAGGACUCUCUCAUGCAAAAAGGUGUCAGCACCCACCAGAAGAGGCAGUCAGUCGAGACAGUGGACUUCACCAGCUUCAGUUCCAGUGUUGUGACAGGGACUGAGAUGAGAGUCGUCUGGGCCUGGAUACCUGAGCGCUUUGCCCUUUUCAGUCCAAUUAAGCUGUUUAGCACAGCUGAGCAUGGAAGAAGUCUUGCUUCAUUCUAUUCUAAUGUGGAGGGACACGAACCAGUGGUCUUAAUGAUCAAAACUGCGCAUGAAGAGGUCUUUGGUGCCUUCCUGUCAACAGAUAUCACGGAAAGAAGAAAGCAUGGCUCUGAGGGACUUACAUAUUUUGGAACUGGGGAAUGUUUUGUUUUUACGCUUCGUCCCAGCAUGGAGCGCUACCAGCAGGCUAUGGUCAACAUUAUGACCAGAAGAGCUUCCCCUCAGCAGGUUAAAAUCAGAAACGGUGCCUCCUCCCAGGUGUCCAAUAGUGGCAGCUCCCACAUCACCUCAACCACAGCCGCCGCAACUCUGACCUGUCCUGCUGGGACGCCCCAGGACCCCAGCUACCUGACCAUCCCCUUCACUGCCCUAUCAGAGGAACCCACAACUGCCAAAGAGCCGAAGAGACCCAAGGAACAAGAAGCCUCCAUGUUUAUAGCAGGCAACGACAGUCAACUCAUUAUAGGUGGUGAUGGGGGGCAUGCGCUCAGCCUACAGGAAGACCUAAAGGGAGGAUACACAGAGCCUUGUGACACAUUCAAGAGCAUCCCACUCUGCAAGGGACAUUUCAAGAUUCAGUCCCUGGAAGUGUGGGGCAUCCAGAACUGUAUUUCCUUUUCUCACUAUUUGCCCUCUCAGUAA